UUUUUUUUUUCUUUUCUUCUUUUCCCCCUCAUUUAUACAUAAAAAUAAAAAAAAUAUUUAAUUUUAUUAACCCAGCACCCCUUGUCAAAUACCAAUGUUGAUUGCAACAAGAGCCCAUUCAUUGUUAAAAGCCACUAUUUGUAAACGCUUUAUAGCCACUGAAGCAAUUACCAACGACGAUGUUAUUCACAGAGUAGAUUUACGAGUGGGAAAAAUUGUUCAAAUUCAACAGCAUUCAGAAGCUAAUCACUUGUUUAUUGAGCAAGUUGAUUUAAAUACAGAGCCUACAGACUCAAUUCCCAAUCCACGUACAAUUGUUAGUGGCCUUGCACCUUUUAUGCCAAUGGAUUCACUUUUGAACAAAUCUGUCAUUGUAGUGAGCAAUCUCAAACCCAGUAAGUUUCGAGGUGUUUUAUCUCAGGGCAUGCUUUUAGCAUGUUCAUCUGCUGAUAAUAAAUCUGUGCAAUUACUUUCUCCACCCGAGAAUAGUGUAAUUGGAGAACGUGUUCAGUUACAAGGUGUAGAAUGGCAAGGACAAGUAGAUGCUGUGUUAAAGCCCAAGCAAAAGGUAUUCGAGCAGGUCGUCCCUUUCUUAAAGACGAACGAAGAUGGUAUUGCAACUUAUAAGGGCAUCCCAUUCACCACUUCUGCAGGUGAAGUUACUGGGGACAUUAAAAAUGCUCAAAUAUCAUAGAUUCUCGUUUUAAGCGAUAAAUAAAGCCCAACUUUGUUCUUUUCAUUAAUAA